AUGGCGGCUGGCUCCCUCCCCUUUCUCAUCCUCAACUAUGGGAUGGAGAUGCUUUUCAUUCUCAACACGCGCCUUAUCGCUCAGAAGGUGAAUAAGGAUGCGGCGCGUGUUGUGAUGAACGAUAUCGUGCGGCACAUGUGCAACCCAGAGUUCAUAGAUGAGCUCUUCCGUCCACAGCCACUGUACUCUUACGCCGCAACAAAGGAAACAUUCAGGUCCCUCUCGAAGACGUCUGUGAUGGGGCUCUCGACAGUGUCAAUGAAUAAGCUUUUUGACCUCAUGACGAUGGGGGUGAAGUACCAGGUCUUCACCCUGCGCCACCCCAUGGAGUUGGUGGAGUUUACGUGGACGCACUUGGAGGAGGUGCAGCGCCUCCUCCCGCCCGAGACACAGGUGCACCUCCGCCCACUUUUCGCACGGCUUGAUGCACUGUGUUCAUCUCUUACCCCAGGCCACCUCGCGGAGAUUCGAAAGGAGAUACUGAAUUUCUUCAUUGGCCGCAACACAUUGGUGUCUGUGCUGCUUGAAGAGGGCCUGCAGGCACCAACAAGAUCGUUUUACUUACCAGAUGAUAAAUAUCUUCCACCACUGGCCGCGUAUGAGGCGCCUGGCAGCAUCCGCUUCUACAACAAGAGUGGGGAAGUCAGCAACACCGUCACGUUUGAGCACCGCGAUGCUGCACUGCGCCACCCACCAACGAUACCAGUUGGUAUGUGGAACCCAAAGGACCGAGCAUCGCGCAUGACGAAGAGUGGCUUAAAUUUGUACGCCCUCCACCGCCGCUCCGGUCGGGUGUCGGAUGUCUCACCACACGCAAUACCCUCAGAAUCGGCAUCACUACUACAGCAAAACCAACAGGCAGCUGUGCGCCCCGAGACUCUGAAGGCAGUGACGGGUGAACUGAAUUACUUGUCGCAGCUCGUCGCAUGCGGAAGCAAGGCCCCGCAGCAGACCUUCAAGCUGAGCCUUUUCGAUGAUGCCAGCGAAGACCUCGACGAUGACGCACAAUGCGUUGGUGACAGGGACGAGGAUGGAGUGCCACCUUCAGUUGGCAGCAGGCCCGCGCCGGCGCUUCCUGUGAGCCGGAUGAGCAAAACGGAUGUGCAGGCGCAAAACAAGGAGCUGCUGCGCAUCGUAGACGGGCUGCGUGCCGACAAGACAGCCACAAAGCCACUGGGGGCGGGCCAAGACCUGCUGGACAUCAUGGACGAGGACUGA